AGGAGGUAAAAGAAAGCGAAAAAUGACAUUGUGGUCUCUGGUCUUGUUGGAACUCCUGGAGUGACACGCCAUCUCAAAUUCUCAACUGUAGAUCCAUUCCAUUCUCAGCUAUUUGUGCAUUUCUGGGCUCUCACCGACGCACAGAGACUGAGCAGCAGAAGCCACACACACCUCAAACACACUCAAAUCCGCAAACCCAUUUCAUUUCAAUGAUUCUCUUGCAGUCCCAUUCAAGAUUUCUCCUUGACAACUUGCUCAAUCGCCUCCAAAACAUCGAAAAAGCAGUGGAGGCGGACUACCACUGGGCCGAGUUCGAUGACGUUCGGUACCAUAUUCAGGUGACGAUGAAGAACCCACAUAUCUUGUUGCUCUCUGUAUCGUUGCCUACUCCACCUCCAGAAACUGUAUUCUUGGGUGGACUUCCAUCUGGAGCUAUAGAGGCUAUAAAGGCUGCAUAUGGCGCGGUUGUUCAAAUUCUUGACCCCCCUAGAGACGGUUUUAAUCUUACAUUGAAGCUCAAUCUCUCUAAACUUCCUCCAGAUGAAGAGUACAAACAUGCUCUUUUGGUAAAGAUUGCAUCUGUAAGAGAAGUGGUGCUAGGCGCUCCAUUGAGAGGAAUUCUGAAGAAGCUUGUUUCAAGGACUGUUGCUUCCAAUACUGAUGGGCUUGUUGCUCUCGUGCAUCGGCCAAACGAGUCCUUUUUCCUUAUUCCUCAGGCAGACAAAGUGACGAUAAUAUUCCCUAUGAGAUUCAAGGACUCUAUUGAUAUUGUUCUUGCAACUUCCUUCCUGCAGGAAUUUGUGGAAGCAAGACGCACGGCUGGACUUAAUACUGCCCCUCCUUGUUUGUGGUCUCCUACCCCUCCAUUAGAACUAAAGGAAGCUCCUGCUGAAGCACUAUCUGCCAAUGCAGGAUUUGUCACUUUUGUUAUUUUCCCUCGUCACGUGGAAGGCAAGAAACUGGAUCGAACAGUUUGCAGUUUAUCGACUUUUCAUGCUUAUGUUAGUUAUCAUGUUAAGUGUUCUGAGGGUUUCAUGCAUACAAGGAUGCGGCGUCGCGUGGAAUCUUUGAUUGAGGUAGCAUUUCCCUUUUCCUUUUUUUCUUCUUCUUAAAGCUACUUAAUCUCAUUUUCCGUAGCUGCUUGAUAAUAUCUUCAGAGGUUCUAUAUGAACACACACCCCUUCCCCCCCUCUCUUUAUUUGCUUGAAAAAGGAACUAAAACAAAACGUGAAUAUAUUUUUCCAUCUCCCCUCCUUUCCCCGCUCCCUCUCCCAGUAUGGCGCAUUGAUGGAUAAUUUUGUUAUCUUGAUCUACUAAUUAGUGAGUAGGUAAACUUUGUCUGACUGGUUGGCAUUUUCUAUCAAAA